GCGGGACAAAGGGCGACCAAUAGAAACAGGAAAUGGAGAAGACUUCGCCACAUCCGGCACUGUCUCUGGCGCCUGCGCUCUGUGCUGAGGAGGCUAGUGACGUCCGGUGAAGUCCAAGAUGGCGGCGUUAGGUUGAACCUGCUGCCGGUGACGGAAGUGCCCCCUACUCCUGCCUGACGUCCCUCGGGAGACCCUGCGCCGCUCCUCGCUGCCGCGGCCAUGUCUGGGCCCGGCAACAAACGCGCUGCCGGUGAUGGGGGCUCCGGGCCCCCAGAGAAGAAGCUGAGCCGCGAGGAGAAGACCACAACCACACUUAUAGAGCCCAUUCGUCUUGGGGGCAUUUCUUCCACGGAGGAGAUGGACCUGAAGGUUCUGCAGUUCAAGAACAAAAAACUAGCAGAGCGGUUGGAACAGAGACAGGCUUGUGAGGAUGAACUCCGAGAAAGAAUUGAGAAGCUGGAGAAGCGGCAGGCCACAGAUGAUGCCACACUCCUCAUUGUCAAUCGCUACUGGGCCCAGCUGGAUGAAACUGUGGAAGCCCUUCUCCGACACCAUGAGAGCCAAGGAGAGCUGUCUUCAGGGACAGAGAUGCCUGGGACCCAGGAGGGGCUGACACGUGAUGAGACCCCUCUUACAGAGCCAGGGACAUCGGAGCUGAGGGAGCCCCUGCCUAUACAGCUGCGGCCCCCUCUCAGCGAGCCAGCUUUGGCGUUUGUGGUGGCACUGGGCGCCAGCAGUAGUGAGGAGGUGGAGCUGCAGCUGCAGGGCCGAAUGGAGUUCUCCAAGGCAGCUGUGUCCCGUGUUGUCGAGGCCUCAGAUCGCCUACAGCGCCAGGUGGAGGAACUCUGUCAGCGAGUAUACAGCCGAGGGGACAGUGAGCCCCCCGGUGAGGCGGUUCGGGCACGCACCCGGGAGCUGGGCCGUGAGAACCGGCGCCUACAGGACUUGGCCACCCAGCUACAGGAGAAGCACCACCGCAUCUCCCUGGAGUACUCUGAGCUACAGGAUAAAGUGACAUCUGCAGAGACCAAAGUGCUGGAGAUGGAGACAACGGUAGAGGACCUCCAAUGGGACAUUGAGAAGUUGCGCAAGCGUGAGCAAAAGCUCAAUAAGCACCUGGCAGAGGCCUUGGAGCAGCUCAACUCUGGCUAUUAUGUGUCUGGGAGCUCCUCUGGCUUCCAGGGGGGCCAGAUAACACUCAGCAUGCAGAAGUUUGAGAUGCUGAAUGCAGAGUUGGAGGAAAACCAGGAAUUGGCCAAUAGCCGCAUGGCAGAGCUGGAGAAGCUACAGGCUGAACUUCAAGGCGCUGUGCGGACCAAUGAGCGCCUCAAGGUGGCCCUGCGGAGCCUUCCUGAGGAGGUUGUACGGGAGACAGGGGAGUACCGAAUGCUGCAGGCCCAGUUCUCACUGCUCUACAAUGAGUCUCUGCAAGUAAAGACCCAGCUGGACGAGGCCCGGGGGCUGCUGUUAGCCACUAAGAAUUCCCACCUGAGACACAUUGAACACAUGGAGAGCGACGAACUGGGGCUGCAGAAGAAGCUGCGCACAGAGGUUAUCCAACUGGAGGACACGCUGGCCCAGGUACGCAAGGAGUACGAGAUGCUGCGCAUCGAGUUUGAACAGAACCUGGCGGCCAACGAGCAGGCGGGGCCCAUCAACCGGGAGAUGCGCCAUCUGAUUAGCAGCCUCCAAAACCACAACCACCAGCUAAAGGGGGAUGCCCAGCGAUACAAGCGGAAGCUGCGGGAAGUACAAGCUGAGAUUGGCAAGCUCCGGGCCCAGGCCAGUGGCUCUACCCACUCCAUUCCCAGCCUGGGCCACCCAGAGGACUCCAGCCUCAGUGCCCCAGCCCCAGGGAAAGAAGAGGGUGGGCCAGGCCCUGUUGGUGCUCCUGAUGCCAGAAAGGAGACGGCUUCAGUGCCUGGCACCACCGUUACUACCUCCUCAGCAAAGAAGGAAGACCUGGUCCCCUCGGAGGAAGAUGCCCAGGCCCUAACCCCCGGGGCCCAGGGCCCCUCCUCUCGGGGCCGAGAACCUGAGGCCAGGCCCAAGCGGGAGCUUCGGGAGCGGGAAGGGCCUGGCCUGGGACCCCCAUCAGUAGCCUCAGCUCUGUCAAGGGCUGAUAGGGAGAAGGCCAAGGUGGAGGAGGCCAAGAGGAAGGAAUCAGAGCUCCUCAAAGGUCUCCGAGCAGAGCUCAAGAAGGCCCAGGAAAGUCAGAAGGAGAUGAAGCUGUUGCUGGACAUGUAUAAGUCAGCACCCAAGGAGCAGCGGGAUAAGGUGCAGCUCAUGGCAGCUGAACGCAAGGCCAAGGCUGAGGUUGAUGAGUUACGGAGCCGAAUCCGGGAAUUGGAGGAGAGGGAUCGGAGGGAGAGCAAGAAGAUUGCGGAUGAGGAUGCCCUGCGGCGCAUUCGGCAGGCAGAGGAACAGAUAGAACACCUGCAGCGCAAGUUGGGUGCCACUAAGCAGGAGGAGGAGGCUCUGCUGUCAGAGAUGGAUGUGACAGGCCAGGCUUUUGAGGACAUGCAGGAACAGAACGGGCGGCUCCUACAGCAGUUGCGGGAGAAGGAUGAUGCCAACUUUAAGCUGAUGUCAGAGCGGAUCAAGGCCAACCAGAUUCAUAAGCUAUUGCGGGAGGAGAAGGAUGAGCUGGGCGAGCAGGUUCUUGGCCUCAAGUCCCAGGUGGAUGCCCAGCUGCUAACUGUGCAGAAGCUGGAGGAAAAAGAGCGGGCCUUGCAGGGUAGCCUCGGGGGUGUGGAGAAGGAGCUGACGCUGCGCAGCCAGGCCCUGGAGCUCAACAAGAGGAAGGCUGUGGAAGCGGCCCAGCUGGCCGAGGACCUGAAGGUGCAGCUGGAGCAUGUGCAGACUCGGCUUCGAGAGAUCCAGCCUUGCCUGGCAGAGAGCCGGGCUGCUCGUGAGAAAGAGAGCUUCAACCUCAAGAGGGCUCAGGAGGACAUCUCACGGCUGCGGCGCAAGCUGGAGAAGCAGAGGAAGGUGGAGGUUUAUGCAGAUGCUGAUGAAAUUCUCCAGGAGGAGAUCAAGGAGUACAAGGCGCGGUUGACCUGCCCCUGCUGUAACACCCGCAAGAAGGAUGCAGUCCUUACCAAGUGCUUCCACGUUUUCUGCUUCGAGUGUGUGCGGGGCCGCUAUGAGGCCCGCCAGAGGAAGUGCCCCAAGUGCAACGCAGCCUUUGGUGCCCACGACUUCCACCGUGUCUACAUCAGCUGAACCUGUAACUCAGGGGACUUUGGAACACCCGUGGACCCUGGGGGCUGUGCCUCCAGUCCCUCCCCACCCCACACCCAGGGGCCCCCACUCUCCAUUCCGGACCUUGUGGGCCUAUCCCCUCCCCACAUAGUUGGUUCAGGGGCCCCAGUGCAUGCUAGUGGGAGUGGGAUCAGCCAAGCUCAGUUCCACCUUUUCCCCAAGGUCAGAGCUCCAGCCUAGGGAGCACUCACCCUGCAGGAAAGGUCUGCUGUGAGGGGCCCAGAGAGAGCACUCAGCUGAACUUCCUGGAAGCUGGCCCCAACUCUUCAACUGUCUCUACAGGCCCAUCUCAGCCCUAAAGGAAAUUCUCCGGGCUGUGACUUCUCACACAAGUGAAGGCUCACUACCUGCUUACCCACAAGUGAGGACCAGGGAUGGGCUAGGUCCCCAGCUCGCUGCCCUAAGACUGGGCCCUGGGGCCCAGGGAAACUUCCUUUACCUAGUGCUCCCCAAACCUGGGCAGAGCUUCCCUCCUGUGGAGUUCCUUGGGGGUUUUGGUCUGGUCUUGUGUGCUAAGAGCACCCCCUUGUUGAGGGCACCAUCCUCUUCCUCUGGGAAGCUCUGAGUUUGCUGCAGUCACUUUGCCCUCAUCUUGGGAGUGCUGAACCAAGCUCAUCAGUUUCUAUUCUAAUCAGACCCCUCCCAAUCUCUAAUUUGCUCACAGGCCCACUUACACCCACCUCAAUGCUUCCCAAGGUUCUGCUGGGUCCCUAACCCUGACCGUUUCAUCCUGGUGGCCUUAUUAACUGCAGUGGGGGCAGAACUUCCCAGGAGGGAAAGGGAAAGACUGGCUGCUGGGCCAACUUCCGAUCAUUCCAGGUAGAAGAGCUUCACCUAACACCCUGUGACUGAGCCUGUACCCACGAUGCUUCCUGUGCUGCCUGCCCAAGCAAACUCCAUGGGCUGUAAAGGCAGUACACAGGGACCUGGAAGGUGGAGCUGCUGAACAGGUGCAAGGGUCCACUCGGACCCACAGCCCCUGCUCUAGAAAUGUCUUGUAUAGGCUGUUAAUUGUUAUGAAUAAACGCCCAACUCAGCCUAUA